AAUUUGGGAAACUUAUAAACGAAGGGGAAAGCGGAAAGCAGCGUGGGGGUGGGGGAAUCUCAAAUUCUCUCACAUUUUAUUUCCCACAAUCAAUAAAGCAAAUUGCGUGAGUGAGAGUGAUUUGUGAAAUUGAGAGAGGCGCCAAAAGUACCUCUCUAUAUCUUCAAACAAAAACCCACUCAUCAUUUAUUUGUUUCAUUCAUCAAUUAUUCAUUUUUUUCCCCCCUAUAAAUAUAUCACAAACCUCAUGACCUGACUCUCAACUCUCACAUUCAUUCCCAACUAGUAAUCUCUCUCUCUCAUACUGUACUUGAGUGUAACCAAGAGUUUUGAAAUUCAUAGGAAAACUCCGAUUAUUGGAUCACAUUUUCUUUCAAACGCUGUCUUUGAACUCACAAUUUGAUUCCGGGUUACUGAUAUGGAAGCAUCUGGUUCAAAUGAACCAAAAUACGAUGAUGAGGAACAAGUGUUGAAGGGUUUGCUUGAUGCAUUUGGUCCUACAUUUUCUCUUGAUGAUAUAGCUACUGCAUUUUGCAAGGCAGGCCGGAAUGCAGAUUUGGCUGGUGAGAUUUUGUAUGACAUGCAGGGAAGCACCUCUAGCGCUGCUACUAACGCAUCUAAUGGUGAGGCGAAGGGUGAAGAAUCUCCAAAAUCAUCCUGUGGUAACUUCUCUGAGAAGUCGGAUAAAGCGACUGGAAGAAAUUCCAGAGCUUCAAAGCCAAAAACUCGUCCAGUUUGUGCAGGCAUGGUUUCAAGCAUACUUGGUAAAGAUUAUAUCAAGUCCACACCACCAGUAAAUGGAUCUUAUAUGGUGAGGAAACCGCUUAAACUGGACUCAAAGGUGAUGCCAAUGUCUGAACUUUGGGAAGUUGAAUCUAAGUCAUGCUCUCCAAAGUAUGAUCACUUACACCAAGAAAUGGAAGAUUUUCUUUUCAAAAUGCUUGGCGAUGGGUUCCAGCUGGAUAGGGAUGUGAUUCGACAAGUUCUUGAUAAUUGUGGAUUUGAUAUGCAGCAGAGCAUGGAGAAACUACUUGAUCUUGCUGCAGUGACUGUAGGCAAAAAGAACAAUUUUGUUGGUGAAUGUACUGAAAAGUUCAUCUUUCAGUUUAGAGAUGUGAGUCCAGAAGUGGAAGUACUUUCACAUCAAAGAAAGCUACAAAAUGGAAAUAGAGUUUCAUCUACAAAUGGAAUAGAACCACCUGGACAACUUAGAGAGAGAAAUGAUCUCCAAAAGGAAGUUUUGGUUGCCUUAUUUAAUGCUCCAGAGAGAUCUAAUAAAUUAGUUGGAAGAACAACAAAUGUAGCAAAGAGAUCUGCAACAUCAUGGCGACUGGUGGAUGGACCUCCAAUGGACUUUCUUGUAGAUCACAAGAAAACUGUGACAUACUUACGGAGAGAUCAUGAAGAUGAUGUGGAUGAAGAGGAAAACUACCAGAUUCUUCGUAAAGCUGUCAAGGAGUAUAGGGGCGUCAUGAAGGAAUAUUAUACAGCUGCUGUUGAUGCAUUUGCUGAGGGGGAUCACGUUCGAGCAGAAAAACUUUUAGAACAGGGACAUUUUUUUCACAAAAAGGUUCGUGAAGCAGAUGAAGAAUCCAGUAAAAAGAUUUUAGAAUCUAGCAGAAAUGUGGAUUCACAAGAUGAAAUUUUGCUUGACUUGCAUGACCAUGGUGCCAAGGAGGCGUUACGUCUUCUGAAGUGUCAUAUUUCUUCAUUUUCACGCAUCCCAUCUAUCAAGGACCUUAAAGUCAUCAUUGAGACAAAUGAUGAAGAUAUCACAAAAGGGUCUCGUAGACGUCAGGUUUUGAAGCUAUUGGAGAGGGAAUCAAUUAAGUGGACUGAAGAAGGAAAUGCUGGAGUGAUACUAAUCCACUUAGAUAAUAUCAACCGAAAACAACUGAGUUUUGUCAAAAAGUAAUAUGCAUUAUAGAAUCAAGUUGAUUUCUCACAAACUAUCAAUUGAUACAAAAAAAUUAUUAUCAAUUGAGAAUCACUAGAAAGGUUAAAUUAUGAGAAAUUUUGGUACAUUUUGAAGGCUUAGAAGUUUAUUGCCGACUAGUUCUUCAUAUGUCAUAUUUUGUCUCUGUUGUAUUUAAACUGAAGGAGUUGAAUUUGAAGAACCAAAAGAACCUGAUAAGUAAGCACAAACGAUCUUUAGGAGGGUGGGACACAAUGACUCGAGAAAAAGUUUUGAAAUGUAAUGACUUUGUUUCAAUGUGUUUUUCUGGAUUAUUUAAUAUAUCAUUUUACCUUUCUGCUC